AUCACGAGAAUAUGCGAGACCUAAGUGACAAUUCUCAACUUUUCACAGCUGAGCGCCUUUAAACUGUAUGUGUGUGUGACAAGUGUUCUGAAAUGUAAUUGUUGUACAAUUGUAGUGUGUGGAGUGUUGGUGGAUUUUAAUCCAAUAAAUGCUUGAGUCUGAAAGACAUUGGUUCAGUUAGCGCAAUGCCAGCGCAUGUUCGCAAUUUGUCGAGAUGCGUUGGAAUGACCCGAAUAACAUCCUCGUCCAGUAUUAUAUUUCACCCUUGUUUUUUUGUGUUUAUGAAAAAAAACUUUUAAUAGUGAAAUCCAAAUGAACUGGAAAUGUGCAUCUUCCACUGCAUUGUGUUAUUUCGUGUAUACAAGAUGUGUUAAUGUCUCAGAAAUAAGUUUCAAACAGGAGACCCGGUUUUGUGGUUUAGUUCCUUAUGGCACAAGUAUAUGUAGUUGUAUCGAAAAAUAGUGCUACUUUCACUGUGAAAUUUUGCAGUAGAAAACAAGAAAAAUGUCUGAGUGUUCGUCAUAUUUGCUAAUGAGAAGUGGCAACCAACUCUCGAGUAACAAACGAAACUGUCUCCAAGAACAUCCAAGAUUGACACUUUGAUGAAAUGAUUGAUAAGGAGUCAGAAUGUGAAAUAUGCCCAGCUUAGGGACGAGAUAAGAUAAGGGUGUAGUUGUGUCUCUUAGGCUGAAGUAUGUAUUUUUCUUAACGUACGAAAUAAUAUAUAAAAAAAUGGAGCAUUCGGAAUUGGUGGCUGAAAUGUCUCAAGUUGAACACUUGAGCACCCAAGAAAGACUUCAUUUAGCGCGACGAAGACGUUUACAACAAUUGAAAGUUUGGAGUUUAAGAGAAAAGGAAUGGCUUAAGCAAACUAAUCGUGAUCAUUCCCGAGAAAAAUCAAGUAAACGGGGUAUUUAUUUUAGUGACAAUGUCAUGCUUUUAGAAGCUGCAGGCCGAAAUGACAUUGAUGAAGUUCGGAGAUUGCUGAUGAAGGGAGUUAGCCCAGACUCGACAAAUGAAGAUGGACUAACAGCUUUACAUCAGUGUUGUAUUGAUGAUAAUGAAGAAAUGAUGAAAUUGCUAAUUGAAUAUGGUGCUGAUGUGAAUGCUGAAGAUAGUGAGAAAUGGACCCCUCUUCAUGCAGCAGCUACAUGUGGUCACUUACAUUUAGUGAGGUAUCUUAUUAGCAGGGGAGCCAAUUUGUUGGCAGUCAAUGCAGAUGGAAAUAUGCCUUAUGAUAUAUGUGAGGAUGAAAUUGCCUUGGAUUAUAUUGAAGGGGAAAUGGCACGUCGAGGUGUGACGCAAGAACUUAUUGAUGAAACACGGGCUUCAACCGAGACUCAAAUGUUGUAUGAUCUUAAGCAAGCUGUGGCUCUGGAUGCUGAUAUUGAAGCUGCAGACCACCAAGGAGCUACUCCACUACAUAUUGCAGCAGCAAAUGGAUAUCUAAGAGUAGUUGAAUUUUUAUUAGAUCAUCAUGUGUCAACAGAUGCUAAGGAUGUGGAUGAUUGGACACCUGUUCAUGCUGCAGCUUGUUGGGGACAUUUGGAAGUCCUAGAAUUACUGUGCCAACAUGGAGCAGAUUUGAAUGCUAAGACAAAGCAUGACGAAACUCCUGCUGAUAUAUGUGAAGAUCCAGAACUGCGAGAACGAAUUGUACAGCUGAGAAGUGAGCAAGAAACCAAGAAGAUGCAGGAAGCUAGAAAUAAGAAAGUGAAGCGUUCACAGUCAAACACACGAACACAGUCUGUCAGGCGAACUUCUAUAAGAGACAAAUCACUUACUACCAAGAAGGAUACUGUUGAAGAAGCUAGAUUGAGGCUUCAAGCUCGUGAUGUGUUUGCAUCUCCAGAAGACAGUGAUAGGAAAACAUCUACUUUAACAAGAACAGACACUGGAGGAUUCGGUGAUCAGGUUGAACGAGUUAAUGGUGAAAAUCCUGCAAAUACAGUUCUUGACUUAGUCUCUGUUAGAAAAGCUCCUGAAGGAAAAGAUGAUUCUGAUAAUCAUAGUGCUACAUUCUCAAAUGACAUGAAAAAUUCAGCAGUAGAAAUUCCUGCUGAAACCAGUUACAUAUCAGAAGGAAACGGAAAAAUUAACAUCAAUGUUACUGUUACAAUAAAUGCUGGGACAUUGGCUGACCUUAAAAAGCAGAGAUCUCAGAUUCGUAACAGUAGUCCAGAUGGAAGUGUUUUUUCUCAUCCACCCUCAGUAGGAACAGAGAGUGAUCCAAUGGCGUCUCCUACUCCAACUGUGCAUCGUUUCACUGGUAACACUGCAGAAAUGGUGGGGGAUCCACGCACUCGCCGAUGCUGUGUUAUUUCAUAACUUAAUUUAAAGUCAAAUAAUGUAAAUAACAAGCUUGAAGGAAAGUUGAAGCCUUGAGAGUUAUUAAUCAUAAGAGAAAGUUUCUGGUGUUGCAAAGAUGGUUUGUACUUUUUGUGUAAAUAAAGAAGGCAGGGUAUUUUGUAUUGAGCUGAAGGAAAAAAAAAUAUAGAAAGAAAAGAUCUUCAGGAGUUUGACUUCUGUUAUAAAGUGUUAAAUGAUUUAUGUCCUUGAAAGGGCACCUUAUACUUUGGUAAGUAUUCUUCAUACAUUUAAAAAGUAAAUUAAAAUGUACUGAAUCAUUGAGAAGAAGACGGUGCAAAGAAUUUUGCAAUUUGAUUAUUUGUUUCUAUCUGCCUCUAUAUGUUACUAUUAUGGACAAAAUAGAGAUAUUUGUUUUUAUCUUGUAGGCAGUGGUUUAUGUCACAUAACAAUUAACAAUUAUUUUUAAAACAUUCCAUGAAAUUUCUCCUCAUACUUCGUACAUUGGUUUCUUUUGUUAGUUUCUUCUUUUAUCUCUCUUGGUAUAUUUGUGUCUGUAUAUGUCACUAUCAGGAUACUCAAAAUUUACUCUUAUUCAAUGCCAGACAUCAUUUUGCAAAUGUUUUCAUUAUUCCAUUUAUUGACACUACUGUGUGUUGUGCAUUUGAACUUGCAAUUGUAAGAUAGAAUUUUGUAUACUCGUGAUUUGCAGUAUUAUUAAUUGUUUUGUUGUAAGUAAAUGUCUAAACAUUCCAUUAAAAAUAAUAAUUUGUUAAAUAAUUGUACUUAAUUUUUAAUUGAAGUAUUCACUGUUGACAUUUUUUAAUAUUCAUAAAAAAAGAAACAAAAUGUUUCAAUAAUAUAUUUUUCGAUGUUUGUAAUGAAGCUAGAAUGUAUUCGUAGAACUGAGUAUUUAAUGAACGAGAGGGGUUGUUGAUCCAAAACAAAUUUUGUUGAAACCCCUUGAGUUAUUUUUUGAAAUAUAUUUAAUGCAGUAUUUUUUAAAGAUGUGUUUAAUGAACCAUCUUGUCAGUAAUAAUUUAUGUCAUCGAAUACCAAAGAAUAUAGCACAGUGUAGUUUAAAGUUAGUGACACUUGACACUUGUGUGGGUUUAAUGCAUAUCUUCUAUGACUUGUGGGUUUUCAGCUACUAAUAUUCUGCAUUAACAAUUGGUAGAUUGUUAUUUUGUAGAUCUUAAAGUAGAAAAGGUGGCUGUUCUGAUCAAUCCUAUCUUGUGAAACUGAUUUAGUGUAGGUAAAUUCAAUUGUUACCCAUCUUCAUUAUGUUAAGAUUUGAUUUUGAAAAGAAAGGAGAGGUGAAUAGUAAUUUUCAAGUUGGUAUUUGGUAAUUUAUUAAUAACUCAUAUUUCACCACACCCUUUUUCUUCUCUGAAGUUUUCAUGGAAGGCUUUUGAAUUGCAAGGUGUUUUUAAUAAAUCAAAGUUCCUGAAUUGUGUGUUUUUUGAGCUAAUUGCAGAAAGCGCACUUGUUAUCUGUUGUUUUUCUUGCAUACACCAACAUGAAAGAAAAAUAUUCUUGAGAUUUUUGUUUAGUUCUCAUUGUGGGUAGAUACCAGGCACUGUUCAUUAAUAACUAUAACUAAUACUGGGACAAAUUUGGUUUUAUUAUUGUGUUGAUAAAAGAUUCUUAAUUCAUAAUUAUUACUGUAAAUUAUUUUAAUCAGAUAUUUGAGAUUGUUUUGUUGUAUUGUACCUUAUGUGCAGUAUUUCUCUGUCAAAUAGUUUGCACAGCUGUUACUUUCUGACCAAUUCCUAUUAUAUGAUUUGUAUACAGCAUCAAUUUAUAAUUUUUUUCCUAAAGGUGGCUCCACAUAUUCGGCAUUCGCUGAGCAGUGAGCUAUUGCUCACCCAAUCCCAAACAGCUGAUGUAUUCAACAAAUAUUCAUUUCCUUUGAUGUUUCCUUCUUUCCUAAAGACUGACACGCGCUAGGUAGUGCGAAAACAGAAUGUACGUCACUUGGCAAAUGGUAAGCAACUCAUCCACACUACUUGGGACUAACGGGUGGUUGCUUGCUACUGGCCGAAUAACAAAUGGGUGGAGUCGCCUUAAUGUAAUAAGAGGGGUAGCUAAUGACUGCAGCCUAGUCAGUGUUAGUAUGUCUGCUUCUAAAUUUGUCGUGGGGAAGAGAACUGUCUUUUGCAGAGAGAUUAUAUUUUGAGUGGAGACUGGUAUCUGCUAGGAAUUGUAGUCUCCUUUCACCUUCUUACUGGUGUAGAUUCCUUCAAGAUGGUCAUCAAUCAAGGAAAGAAAGGAAAUUAAGAAAUUGACAAGAAAUGUUCAUUACCAGGUUACUUUUCAUGUUUUCAUGUUGUAUUUAUUGUAAUUAGUUAGCAGUAUAUUUUGUCUGAUUAUGCUACUUUAAAUGUAGUUGGCAAAGUGAAAAGGAAGCCUCAUCUUCUGAUUGCAUCUCAUAAUGCACCCACGUGAUGUUUUAAUCUUUUAAAUUUAUUGUUUCUGGUGAAUUGCUCCAAUGUUGAUUCUUUGGAGAAUUCUAAGUCCAAUUCAAUCAUAUCACAAUAUUUCUCAGCUCAGUUACCAAAAUGAAAAGAUGGUAUUGAGAAAAAUAUUUUGGUUUUAGUCAGGCAGAGUCAUAAAAUGUUGAGUAAAUUUAACAAAAUUUUAAUUUGCAAAUUUGUUGGCUUCCCAUUUCGUGGGACAGAAGCCUGGAUAGAAUAUUCUACUCUCUCUUCGUUCCACUUUGUACUUUACAUAUUGAAAGAGUAGACUUGUGCCCAUAGGCUUCCAUUAGGAACAAAGAAGAAAGAUUACCUUGGCUGUAAUCAGUAGUGUAACAAAAUGAGUGAGGGUCCACCUGCAAAACUUUUAUCCGGGCCCCAUUCAUAAAAGUGUAGAACAACCACUGGCUGUAAUUGCCUUCACAAAUUUUUAAUUAUAUAAUACUUAUGAUUUUUCUUAUAAUCAGUCCAAAAUAAUUUUGUCAAUGAAAUAGUAAAAUAACAUUGUAAAUUGAGUAUUUAUUGCUAGUUAACAGCAAUUGAGAUAUUGCUGUGAAGGAUUGGAAACUUCAAAUUAAUAAAAAAAAUUUAGUAAGCAAGAACAUGCUACCAUAUUUUGAAGUUGAUUUACAAUUAAUCUUGUGGGUUACAACAUACUGACAUGUGAAGAAUGGCUGUGGUUCUCUCUCUUCUUUUAAGGCAGCUAUGUUAUUUAUUAAUACCUGUGUUCACACACAAUUUUUAAUAGUUAUUCAUGGGAGGUUGAAAAUGAUUGGUAAAUUGACCAAAUGUAAACAUUGGAUUGUAAAAGAAAAUUCUUUCCAUUUUCAAUGUGCAGAUUAAUGACAAUUUCAAAGUAGCAGACUUUCACUUAGUAUAGUGACAAACAUCUUUGUCUUGUGUGCCAAAGUUUGUUAUACUGCAUGUCGACAUGCACAUUCAAAUAGAGUUCCUUCAAUUAUUAGGAUGUAGGGACUGAGCCUGUAUUUCACGUCCAAUUUAAAUUUCACUGCAAAUACAAAGAGGCUAAAUUGUUUCAGUCAUCCAUUUGAAUUUGUUACUACAGUUUUGAUUUUGUAAACAAUUAAUCAGUUAAUGGGCAGCUUGUGUUUUUUAUGCAUUCCAGAGUUGUGAAGAAUUGUGUACUAUUCCUUGCUAUAAAUCAUAUUAUAGUUCUGAUAUUAUUUAAUUUUAAAUUAGUUAAAAAGAAUUUGCAAGGCAGUAUUCUAAAGCAAAUAUUGUUCUGUGGUAUAUUGUUAAACAGAUAUGCAAUUUCUUUUAUAUUCAUUCUUGUGUGGAGUUUUAUUAGUCCCUGGACAGGGCAACUUGAAGUGCUUGAAGCAAUUAAGUAGGGACACCAUGCAAUUUAUUGUAAAUAAAAUGUCCACAAGGUACCUGAAUGAUGUAUUCAAGAGUGGACUCUCAGCGAGUUGUAUAUCUUGGAAAUCAAAUAUUUGAGAAUUAAAGUGAUUUUCUAUUAUUAAGUCUUCUUAUGAAAUUUCUAUAUUACUGAAUAGUGUUUUGUUUUUCUUUCUUUCUCGAAACAGUUUUUUUUUUUAAAGAGGGGUAAUUCACAGUAUAUUCUAAUUUAUCCUUUCAACUUUUUUAUACAAUUAGUCUGUGUUGUCAAAGUUAUUAAUUUUUAAUAAUCUGUAUCAAUUUUUGUGAACUCAAAAUGUCAAUUGGGACAAGGAAACUUUAAUUAUAGAUGUUUUGUUUGUUCAGAUAAAAUAGAAGUUUCUAGAAAACAAGUUUUUCCUCCAAAUCACAUUUUAAUUUGAUUUUCUAAGUUGUUUUGAGGUAUCUAAUUGAACCAUACUGUAUUAUGACUGUUGUAGAUAUUAGAGGACAAAAAUUAUUUAAAUAUUCAUAUUUAUUGUUCCAUAUUAAACUGUUCCCUUGCUUUGUCUUCACUCGUCCAUUUAUUGUGAUAACUGUGUCCUGGUUAUUUUACAUUUAGAUUUGCUGUUUUCAUGUGAGACGUUCUAGAAGAGCUGUGUCUCAAAAAUCUAGAAAAGAGAUUAAAGUAAAACAUUUGUUGAUCAUUAAUACUUCAUAGAUCAUAAAAAAUAGUGAUUUGUGUAAUGAGUGUAAUUCAUAGUAAUUAAACCUAGACAAAAAAAAAAAAAAAUUGGAAAUGGAGGGUGAUUUAAUAAAGAAUUUUACAUUAUUGAAUUUCUGUCUGUUACAUAUCAAAGUUUAGUUAUCAUGAAUUUUUCAUGAUGGUUAUUGAUUGAAAUUCUCAAGCAAUAUUUGAACUUGUCUCUUUAGAAUAUAAUAUUUCAUUAAAACUGUUUCUUCAACCUUUUCACAAUUAUUCUAUAAUACUUUCUUCGAUAUUACACAUCGUUAAGUUAUCAUGAAUUAUUCAUGACAAUUAGAUGAUGAUAUUCUGAAGCAAUAUUAAAAGAUUGUUUAAUUAAAAUAGAAUGUUUAUUGCACCUACAUUCUCAGCGUUUGACAAGCUUUCUAUGAUAAAACUUUGUCACCAUGUAUAGACUUUUUUUUAUAAAUUGGAUUAUGAUUGUGUGUAUUAAUGUAUUUGUUAGGCUGUAGUGAAUGUAGACUAGGUGUUUUCUGGUUCAUUAUCUUCUGCAAUAAAUAACAUUUUAAGUGACUUCUUAUAACAAAAAGUUUAUUUUAAAGAAGGGCUCUUGUCUUCCACUUACAUGCAUAUUAAAAGAUACUAUUCAAAUAAUUCAGUCAAAACAUGUAUUGGAUUUACCUUUAGAGUUUUUUAUUGGAUUGUAAAUUUGCACAAAGAUGGUGGUGUUUUCAUUGGCAUGUGAUGAUAGUAUUUAUUGUAUUUGUUCAGAUAAACAAAUUCAAAUAUAUUGAAGUUGUGCAUUUGUGAAUGCUGAGUAUUCAAAGGAGAUUUUUAAUUGUCAUCCUACUUUUUAAUAAGUUACAGUAAAAGAAAAAUAACCAGUGUUGUCACAUCUUCCGGUUUGACCUGUUGACUUUGAGUUUUAAGUUUAAUCCCUUGACUCCUGGGUUACUCUCUCUCCAGGUUAUUUCACUAUUUCUGAGAUAACGUAACUUAAUUUUCUUUAAACAGGAAUUUACAGAAAAUAUUUAUGACAUAUCUCUCUCACCCAACUUAAAAUAAAACAAACACAAGAAUAUAUUUUCAUUACAGUUACUAUUGGUGCUUUAGAAAACUAUUUGGAUUCAAGUCAAAACACAAAUGUGUACAUUUCUAUGUCAUAUUCCUUCCCAAUUAUAGAAAAGGGAAGAUUUCCUUUCAUCUUGAAGUGGAAUAGUAUUUGAAACUGCCUUAUACAUGUCAAUACACAUAGUUGUAUUUUGUAGGUCAUAGAACAUGCAAAAAGUCUAAUAAUAUCAAAAACAUACCUCAUUUCAAAAUAAUAUUUUACAUCCUCCCCUCCCCCAUCCUGCUUGAUGCAUAAUAUAAAUUCCACAUGUGUUAAACUUUAAAGAGGUGGCAACUCUAAAAAUAACACUUUUUUGAAUUGUUUAUAAUUUUAUACUAUUCCUUUCUCUUCUCUUCAGGGAAAAUCAAUGAUAGGAAUUUUUUGAUUUUGAUCUUUUCUAGAAACAUUACGUUUGCCAAAAGACAACCCAGCUAUUUCCUGUGUCUUAUAAAAAACUAGACAUUCAAAGAAGAUUGAGAAUUUUAUAGAAGGAAGGCUUACAAAACUAUCUUGAGAGGCUUUCCAGAACGUCUCAGGAUUAUAAUGAUUAAUCAGCAUACUACUUCAAGUGAUUUUAUAUUAAAAUGAGAGUUCAGAAAGUGUGAAUUGUAAACUAUGAUGGGUGGUUUUAAAGUGAAGCACUUUUUCUUCUAACAUGAAGUUAGAAUGAAAAGACAAAACAAAUACCUUGGGAGAUUAUUACCAAUAACAUGCUCUUUUAAAUAAAAGUAUUUAUUGUGCAUCCUGAGAAAUGUUAUUAGUGAAUAAAACUUGGAGAAGGUUUAUUAGACGAUUGAAUUUUCUUUAGGCUCUUAAGGGCAUUCAAAUUAUUGAGCUCUUAAGUGCAUUAAAAAAUCCUAUCAUUUUCCCUGCCAGAAUGUCUUGUCAAAAAUAAAAAAAAUCAACAUGUAUAUUUUUUUAUUUAAUUUUUAUAUAGUGGAACUGGAAGUUUUUAUGUCUAUAAAGAAUGUUGAUUUUUUAUUCAAGCAAUAGUAACAUUUGAGAAUAAUUUAUUUUGUUAGAAAUAUUUGAUAAUGAUUUCAAUAAUAAAAAGGAUGAACAUAAUUUAAUUCUGGCUCCAAAAGAUUUCACAAAUGGCUAACGUAUGUUAUUUGAGUGGAUGUAAAAAUAGUUUGAGACUGUACUUAAUGUGAAUUAUGGCAGUAUAUAUAUAAGAUUUUAUGAAGUUUUUAUCAAGUCAAUUACGGAAGGUUUCUUCUUUCAUAAAUACAUGAUUUCUGAAAGUUAAAACAAGAUCUGUUAAAUGCUAUUGUUUCCUGUAUUUAAUGUGAAUGCUGCCAUGUAAAAUUUUGUACAUUACUUGAAAAAGCCUCAUUGACAUUAUAUAAUAAAAUGCUUGUUUGAAGUAUGUACUUGAUUGUUGAUAUUUCAGAAAUAUACUUUUAGAAAAGGA